UGUACAGGAGACAGUGGUCGGCUGAAACAGUUGACAAUCUGCAAUUUUGACUUCCUGUUGGCUGCUGUACGCACCAUCUCGGUGAGUUACCUGCGCUCGAUACUGGAGCAUGUCCGCUGCUACUGCCUCGACCGUGAUGUGGAGCUUAUCUACUACACGGUGCGCAAGUCUAGUGACGUGUUGACACGUGACACACUACAACUUGCUGCUCAAGUCAUCUGCUGGCUCAGGCCUGUCGCAGACAGCAGUGGUAACCUGAUCUCCAGGAUGAUCUUGGCAGCCAUGGCUUGGUGUGAUGGCUAUACAGAUCCUUUGCUAGUGCCUCUCAGCGGCUGGCUGCAGCCCCCUCUUCCACUGCAAAUCAAGAGUGUAAUCUGUUCAGCAGGGGUGGGAUUGAUAGCUCCAACACCUUCAGCUCAACAUGUUGUGUUGGUAACCUUGACAGGCGAGAUCCAGCUCUGGCACAUCAUGUCCAACACACUUGUUCACACUUUCAAAGGACACAGUGGACCUGUGCUCUGUUUAGCUAUAACGAGGCAGUCCCACUUCCUAUUUACAGGAUCAGAGGACACUUCCAUCAUCGUGUGGGAUUUAUCAUCCUUCGAACAGAAGUUGAGGAUAUAUGAACACAUAGCGCCUGUCCUGAGUGUCACUCCUGCCCUGGACAAUUCUGUGGUGGUGAGUGGAGGAGAGGACUCCAGGAUCAUUGUCACCUCGCUGAAGACUGGAGAGGUUGUUAUCAAGAUAGAUCACCACCGGGGACCUGUCACAGCUGUGCAAGCAACAGCAUCAGGGGACAUCCUCAUAUCAGGCUCUUCUGACAAGUCUGUGUGUCUAUGGUCCAUGGACAACUUUGUGCUGCUCAAUACGAUCUCUGUGCCGUCCCCUGUCUCCAUGCUUGACAUCUCCAGUGAUUCUGUGUUCCUGCUGGUAGCAUGUGAGGACAACCAGCUCUACCUGCAUACUCUGGCCACAGGCACCCAGAUACACUGCCUCCGGGGGCACAAGGCCAAUGUGGUGUCAGUGUGUCUGGCAGGAGACAAUCAGAGAGCUGUGGCUGGCGGCUCCGACGGCCGAGUCUAUGUGUUUGAUAUGCACAGUGGCUGCCUUGUGCGCACCAUCUCUACCAGUCACAACUCUAAGGUCACUGGAGUCAAGGUCACUAGUGAAGAUGACUUCCUUAUCACAGCAGGUGGGAACAGAAUUACAGCAUGGAGCUUCAGGAAAGAGGAUGGCAUCGGUGUGGAAGACAUUGGACCCACCAUGACUAGCAAGACCUCCUCUGCUCAGAAACCUCACACGGCCCCCAUAAACUGCCUUGACAUAUCUAGGGAUGGCACCAUAGCUGUCACAGGUGGCACUGACAGUCUGAUGAACGUGUGGCAGCUCAACACUCACGAACUACACUCCACGAUGGAGGGCCACACAGCACCUGUCACCUGUGUUGCCAUAUCUCCCAAUGGCCUCUUCGCAAUAUCCGGCUCAGAGGACAAGACUGCCCGUGUCUGGGGACUCACACUCGGGCUUGUGGUCUCUAUAUUCAAGGGCCAUCAAGCCACAGUGACAGCAGUAGGGGUGCUAUCAGACAGCCGGAGGGUGGUGUCCAGUGACAGGCAAGGGGUGCUGACAGUCUGGUUAGCUGACAAUGCCACACUGCUGCACUCUGCUCUCGGCCCUACAAACUAUCUGCAGAUAACCAACAAUAUGAAGUCUGCUGUCAGUGGUGAUGGAGACAACAGCCUACGUAUCUGGCCAUUGACAAGUCACAGAGACGAGGAAAGGUUCACGAUCAGUCACACCAAAGAGGUGACGUGCUUUGUACUCACAGCGGACUCUCAGCAUGUGGUCACAGGAUCUCGAGAUGCUUCACUCAAAGUGUGGCAAGUCAUUGGUGGAAAACUUACCCAGGUACUGAUGGGACAUACAGAUCAUGUGACUUGUGUAGCUGUGGCUAUCACCAACAAAACAAUCAUUGUGUCGGGCUCCAGGGAUGCCAACCUGAUAGUAUGGGAUAUCAACACAGGCUCUGACACACACCUACUGUCCGGCCAUCUCGGCUGUGUCACAUGUGUCAGAGUCACCGGUGAUGGUACUCUAGCAGUGUCCGGUUCGGAGGACAAAAGACUGAUUGUCUGGGACACAGUGAAGGGGGUGCCAUUGUCUACCCUACAGCUCCAUCUGCCAAUCCUGGGCCUGGCCAUGUCUACUGAUGCCACCCGCAUCGCCGUCCACCUGUUUGAGAGCAGACAUCUCCCUAUCAUCUGUCUACACAAUACUCCUGCUACUUACGUCAAACCCCCUGUCUAUGUGGCUCCAGCCAAGGAGAUUGAAGAUUUGAGACCUUCAGGACCAAAGAGGCCAAUGCGGAGGUUGCUGAAGAAAGAAGUGUCUCUAGAUACAUACACGUGGCAGAAGAAGUAUGGCCAUUUGACAUCCUCCAUCAUGAUGGCAGCAGUGGAUGAAAGAUUGAAAAGGAGGUUUUCUGUGUCCGCCAGUAUGGAAGAGAUCAGCAAAAUACCAGCAAGCAAGGAGCAGUUAGGCUCUCAGAACAUCGGACCAGAACAAGCAGCCCUCGCUCAGUCUCAGCAUUUCGACCAGUUGGAGGCCAUGUGGAACAGGCGGUCACCUCCUAGACCUCGUCGUUUGUUCCAGUCUCUCUCCAAGCAGAACUCUCGAUCAAGUCGAAGAGAUUCUGAAGAUGAUGCUUCACCUCUUGAAGAAGUUGACGAUUUCUCCGGAGAUUAAAAUGAGGGGCAGCCAACCAGUUGUCCACAACCAGAAUGUGAUCUCGAUUCAAUCAUCCACUAGAUAGGUUACUCUGAGUGCAAUAAUCUAUGUAAAACUGUGUAGUAGACUGUAGACAUGACAUUCCUCUCUUGUACCGGUACUGUACUCCGAGAACACAGUCACUGUAGUUUAAAACUCAAUCAGUAAAAACCCUAAAAAAAGUAAUUUGAUUCACAAGGCUGGACAGUUCCUUUGAAAUUACAUCAGGUAAUGUAAGAAUUAAGAUAUGUUGGUAAAGGGUUAACUUUUAUUGUCUCCUUUAAAAAACUCUAAAAACCAUGAAAAUAGGUACAUAAAAUGUUCAUUUGAGCUUCUUCUGGAGAUUUAUUUAAUUUCUUCUGGCAGAAAGUUGUCAAACUUCAUGCCUAUGCGUACAAUAGAUAUUGGGAGAGAUUUUUGUGUGCUAUGCCAGACAUUGCAGUCUUGAAGAUCUCUCUCUAGCCUUAGCGGUUGUCAUUCAACUCAUGUAAUACAUUAUACAUGAUUCAACUAAGAUUCUUACAAACCUCCCUUGGACUUUUUCUCCAAAAUACCUAAGGAUUGAUUCGAAUAAGGAAUGGUUAGCUAUCCUUGCACUGAAAGUGACAUUUUCAGAUUCUGUGUUUUCAAUCACAUAAAGAGAUGAGUUGGAUUUAGAGAAAAUAGGAUGUGUCUGUAUAAAAUUGCUAUAUAGACUCAGUUGUCAGUAUAUUCAGUAAUCUUUAUUGUGCAAUCCCAAUUUUAUAUUUUAGGAUGAGACUCAUUAAUAAUAUUGUAAAAACUGACAUGUUAUUCAUCAAUAGGUAACAUUCAUGAUUUAGAGCAAUCGGUUAUAAUAUUUCUAAUAAUUUAAUUUACUAAUGCACUUUAUUAUUACAACUUUUCUCGGCCACAUUCCAAAUAACUUACUAAUUUCUAUCAUUUACAAACAAAACACUGCGAUUAGUAUCAAGCACAACUGCAGAAAUAUCUUAGCAUCAGUGUGAUAAGUUAGUAAACAUAAUUUAGGUUUCUUAACAAUAGAAAUUUCAAUUUUUUUUAAUGUAAAACCAUUCACAUUUUAAUUUUUUUCCAUUUAAGUAUCCAUGUAAGUUAUUUCCAUCAUCGUCAUAACAGUUUCUGGGGGUGAUUCAUGAAGCAGGAAAAAAAUCUUUCAACAACUGUUCAUUUAAAUUUGUUUCCAUAAAGAAAAACAAAGAGUAAGCAAACUCAUCUGACAAACACUUAAUAUUAAUGAAUACAAUCCUCCCAGCCAAUAUGACAGACUGCACUGAAAAUGUUCCAAAGCAAGGCAUGAUUGUUCUCUACCGAGUUUGUGAGAAAUGUGUGCUUUUAAGCUCUUAUACAGCACUACAGUACACUAAAGCCUUGUACUGUUAAGUAUACUUUUGUUAAUUUGUGAAAAUAUUUACAAGUAUUAUCUACAGAUUAGUGUAAAAUUUGACCAUGACUGCUUUAGCUAAUGGCCAUGAUUAGAAACUGUGGGAAAACAAGGAUGAAUCAUUACAAAAUUGUUAAAUUACUAAACUUAUAAAAAUAAGAAAUAAACUGUAAUCUGCCAUAACAUUGAAUUGUAUUUCCAGAACCACAUUUUUAAAACAUAAACAAAAAAAAACAUC